ACAUAUGCCAGUUCUAAAUUGGAGAUGUAACAGUAUACAUUGCAUCUAACCUACAAAUUUAUUAUAUUAGAUUAGUGUUUGUUCUUUAGAUUAAUACAGCAAAAAUGUUUUGGAUUAUCAUCGGUAUUUUGUUGUUAAUUCUUUUCUAUUUCCUAUGCGUAAAACCGUAUAGCUUUUGGAAGAGCAGAGGAGUUGCCCAGCAACAGACUUGGUUAAUUGGUGAUUUACUACAAAUGAUCUUUACAAAACGACCGUAUCCUCAAAUAAUCAGGGAUCAGUACAAUGCAUUUCCUAAUGAAAGAUAUAUAGGAAUGUAUCAGUUCGGAUUUCCAGCAUUAAUUGCGAGAGAUUUGGAUUUGAUUAAACAAAUAACUGUUAAAGACUUUGAUCAUUUCACUGAUCACAUCACGUUUUUCCCUGAAUCAGUUGAACCUCUCUGGACCAGAAAUUUGUUUUCUUUAAAAGGCGAGAAAUGGAGGGAUAUUCGAGCGACUUUGAGUCCGGCUUUUACGAGUAGCAAAAUGCGAUCCAUGUUCACUUUGAUGGAUGAAUGCGCAGAAGAAUUUGUCAAGUUUUUCGCAGAACAGAAAAAAGAUGUAGUCGACGUUGAGUUGAAAGAUAUUUUUACGAGAUUCGCCAAUGAUAUAAUAGGAACAUGCGCUUUUGGAUUUCAAUGCAAUUCAAUGAAAGAUAGAGAAAACGAAUUUUACAUGAUGGGAGAUGAAUUAACCGAUUUUAAGGGAUUAUGGAAAUCAUUCAAAUUUAUUUUAUCAAUCGCGAGUCCGAAAAUGAGUGAAUUAUUAAGAUUUAGCAUUUUCAAUAAAAACACUAUUGGUUUUUUCGAGAAAGCGAUUUCGCAAUCGGUGCAAAUGCGCAAAGAGAAAAAUAUCGUCAGACCUGACAUGAUUCACCUUCUGAUGGAAGCUGGAGAAGGUCGUUUGAAGCAUGAAGAAUCUUUGACUGAGAAGGAAACUGGAUUCGCAACAGUCGAAGAAUCCGAAGUUGGAAAAUCUACGAAACGACAAAAAUCUGAAAUUACUAUUAAAGAUAUCACGGCACAUGCCCUAUUCUUUUUCUUCGCUGGAUUCGAUUCUGUAUCUACAUUGAUGAUUUUCCUUGGUUACGAAUUAGCUUUGCAUCCUGAUAUUCAAGAACGACUUCGCAAUGAGAUUGAUGAUGCUAUGAAGGAAACAAAUGGAAAAGUGACUUAUGAUUCUGUUACUAAAAUGAAGUAUUUAGAUAUGAUCAUUUCAGAAACAUUGAGGAAGUGGCCUGGUACUGUUGCCAAUGAUAGAGUAUGUGUGAAACCAUAUACUGUUACCCCUGUGAAUCCCGGAGAGCCGGAGAUUAAAUUCAAUGUCGGAGAUUCAGUUAUGUUACCAGUUUAUGGACUUCAUAUGGAUCCUAAUCAUUUUGAGAAUCCAGAUAAAUUUGAUCCAGAACGUUUCAGUGAAGAAAACAAAGUUAAAAUUAAACCUUAUUCAUAUAUGCCUUUUGGUCUUGGACCUAGGAGCUGCAUCGGCUCUAGAUUUGCUUUGUUGGAAACCAAAGUGGUAUACGUUCACCUUUUGAAGAAGUUCGAAAUUGUAGUUAUAAACAAAACUGAUAUUCCAUUGCCUUUAGUGACAACUGGUUUCAACUUUUUGGCCAAAAAUGGAGUUUGGGUUGGAUUGAAACCAAGAAAUAAAUGAUCUAUGUCUUUUAUGCGUUACAAAUAACGUUUAUAUGUUUGAUAUAUAUUGUGCUUUUAAUAAUAUUGAUUUUA